AUGACGCCUGCCGAGCUUACGUUUGGUGAAUCAAUCAGAGUGCCAGGAGAAUUCUUCACCCCUCCGGACAGAAAUACCGUUGCCCCGGAAUUGGUAGAGAACCUUCGAGCUCACUUCAGGAAGCUGACGCCAACAACAAUGUCCAUCCAUGGCAUGCGAGCAACCUUCGUGUACAAGGAUCUGGCCACCUGCUCACACGUCUUAGUGCGUAACGACCAAGUACGCCAAUCAUUUUCGUCGCCCUACGAUGGGCCUUACCGCAUCGUCAGCAAGCACACCAAGCAUUUCGUGCUCCUGAUGCCGCCGCCCAAGGUCGCACGCCGCUUCAACCGUCUGGUGGAGACAUCAAUCUCUAUCGACCGUCUCAAACCGGUGUACUCUCUCCCGGACGACGUACCAGAGAGCAGUCAGCAGCAGCAACAACAGCAGCAACAGCAACAAUCAAAACCGGCCGCAGUAAACGACUCUCCGCAACCGACCACGAGCACCGGGACGACCACUUCCACGAGAAACAAGAGGGCAAAGAAGGCAGUGCGCUUUGCUCGUAACAAUCAGGUCCGCGAGUUCAGCGACUAA